AUGACUUGUGUUGUGAGUCAAAAUGAAAAUGGUUAGACAGAGUCCAUCGUUGGAGUGGAGCAUGGGGGAUAGAGUGGAGACGCUUGCGAGAUUAGCCCAAUGGAGAAUCGAAAACUUCGGACCUUCUUCCUACAAAAAAUCUGAUUCCUUCAAGGUCGGAAUCUGGAACUGGUACUUUUCAAUUGUGAGGAAUAAGUAUCUCUACAUACAUCUUUUUCCAGAACCUUCUUCGGUUUCUAAGGAUUACCCACCCUUCGCCAGAUUCAUUCUUCGAGUCUCCAGUGCUGGCUCAUCGCGCACCUUUCAUAUUUCCCCCGUUCAAGAAAAGCUGCUUAGAACACAUGAUGACUUUGUCUGGUCAGUGGAUACUACUUUUGUUGGUCGCUUCAUCAUUGAUGUUGAGUUUCUAGACCUGAAGAUAUGCCCUCCAAAUGGUGGAGAAACUAGUUCUGUUUGGCCAUCUGAAGGAAAUUCACAUUCCAUUGCAUUUCAAAAUGGCACUCUUCGCAUCCUCUCUCGCAUGAUUGAAGAGGCCAUACAUGCUGACCUAACCAUCAUCACUGCUGAUGGCACUUUGAGAGCUCACAAGGCAGUUUUGUCAGCAAGUUCUCCAGUGUUCCAGAGCAUGUUUCAUCACAAUCUAAAGGAAAAAGAAUCCUCCACAAUCCACAUACAAGACAUGUCACUUGAAUCCUGCACGGCUCUUCUGAGUUACAUAUAUGGAACAAUCAAGCAAGAAGAUUUCUGGAAGCACCGGCUUGCAUUGCUUGGAGCUGCUAAUAAAUAUGACCUUGGUGGUCUCAAAGAUAUCUGUGAGGAAAGCCUUAUGGAAGAUCUUCACUCAGGGAAUGUUCUUGAGAUGCUAAAUGAGGCUUGGUUUUAUCAGUUGCUCAAGUUAAAGAAAGGGUGUUUGGAGUUCUUGUUUAAAUUUGGCAAGGUACAUGAUAUUAGAGAGGAUGAAAUGAAUAAUUUUUUCCAGCAUGCAGAUAGGGAGCUAAUGCUGGAGAUGUUUCAGGAGAUGCUUUCAAUUUCCAUCUCUCUAUAAGUUAACAUUGAUCUCAUGGAUCCUGUAAAUGGUGCUUUCAAGUUUGCUCUUUAUACUUUUUAUUGUACAGUGAUAAUUUUUCAUAAUACUUAUCUGUCCUCUGCCUAACGGCCGGGUGGUUUGAAUGGUAAAUAAAUGUUUUUUUUUUUU